GCACAAGAGAGUGAAGUCUUUUGGAGGAGGUGGAAUGGGAAAGUGACCCCGUAGACCCUAAUCCCCACCUCCCUCUCGGCCCCUCUCCCCGCCUCUUCCUUCCUGUCCCGCUAGUAGUUUAACUUCUACCCCCUGUGGCUAUACCUCAGAAACCUGUGUAGCCAGAGAUGGGGACGGAGGCCACAGAGCAGGUUUCCUGGGGCCAUUACUCUGGGGAUGAAGAGGACGCAUACUCGGCUGAGCCACUGCCGGAGCUUUGCUACAAGGCCGAUGUCCAGGCCUUCAGCCGGGCCUUCCAACCCAGUGUCUCCCUGACCGUGGCUGCGCUGGGUCUGGCCGGCAAUGGCCUGGUCCUGGCCACCCACCUGGCAGCCCGACGCGCAGCGCGCUCGCCCACCUCUGCCCACCUGCUCCAGCUGGCCCUGGCCGACCUCUUGCUGGCCCUGACUCUGCCCUUCGCGGCAGCAGGGGCUCUUCAGGGCUGGAGUCUGGGAAGUGCCACCUGCCGCACCAUCUCUGGCCUCUACUCGGCCUCCUUCCACGCCGGCUUUCUCUUCCUAGCCUGUAUCAGCGCCGACCGCUACGUGGCCAUCGCGCGAGCGCUCCCAGCCGGGCCGCGGCCCUCCACUCCCGGCCGCGCACACUUGGUCUCCGUCAUCGUGUGGCUGCUGUCACUGCUCCUGGCGCUGCCUGCGCUCCUCUUCAGCCAGGAUGGGCAGCGGGAAGGCCAACGACGCUGUCGCCUCAUCUUCCCCGAGGGCCUCACGCAGACGGUGAAGGGGGCGAGCGCCGUGGCGCAGGUGGCCCUGGGCUUCGCGCUGCCGCUGGGCGUCAUGGUAGCCUGCUACGCGCUUCUGGGCCGCACGCUGCUGGCCGCCAGGGGGCCCGAGCGCCGGCGUGCGCUGCGCGUCGUGGUGGCUCUGGUGGCGGCCUUCGUGGUGCUGCAGCUGCCCUACAGCCUCGCCCUGCUGCUGGAUACGGCCGAUCUACUGGCUGCGCGCGAGCGGAGCUGCCCUGCCAGCAAACGCAAGGAUGUCGCACUGCUGGUGACCAGCGGCUUGGCCCUCGCCCGCUGUGGCCUCAAUCCCGUGCUCUACGCCUUCCUGGGCCUGCGCUUCCGCCAGGACCUGCGGAGGCUGCUACAGGGUGGGAGCUGCCCCUCAGGGCCUCAACCCCGCCGCGGCUGCCCCCGCCGGCCCCGCCUUUCUUCCUGCUCAGCUCCCACGGAGACCCACAGUCUCUCCUGGGACAACUAGGGCUGCGAAUCUAGAGGAGGGGGCAGGCUGACGGUCGUGGGAAAGGGGAGUAGGUGGGGGAACACUGAGAAAUAGGCAGGGACCUAAAGGGACUACCUCUGUGCCUUGCCACAUUAAAUUGAUAACAUGGAAAUGAGAUGCAACCCAACAACUGUUACUAUUUUUGAGUCACCGACUUGGAAGUGAUUUGUGGCAGGGCAGAACCGGUGGGUUAACACCCCGCCCCCGCCCCCCCCCCCCGCUCCGCCCCGCCCCGCCCCGCGCUUGGCUCUCUGAGUGGAAGACGCUGAGGGCCUGGGUGGGGGUGGGGGGCUGCUGAGUCUGCUAAAGCUCUAGCCACUGACACCCCCUCCACCGUCACCUGGCCUCAGCCAACAGAGGUGAGGUGGGAAAGCUGCCAGGCAAGGAGGGGCGGUGGUUCCUCUUGCAAUACUGUAAGGAAGAGCUUUCUAACAACCAGAGCGCUCUCCAGUAAUGGCUGCCUUAGCAAAUACUGAGUUCCCGCUAUUGGAAUGUUCAAACUGUCGGGGACGCUGUGGGCCUUUGCGUGGUGUGGGGGGAGGGGGAGGGGCAGGGGAUUCCCGUUUUUGGUGGGCGUUUGGAUUUCAUUACCACUUUACAAUCCCUUCCUGGUGUCUGUGAUGGAAAGAAAAAAUGAAAACAUUAAUUGUAAAAGUUGAGUUGAAGUUUUUCCACCUUGAAGAAAAACCUAGGAGGGAUUGCAAUCUGCAGAUUUCCAGAGUAGUUAUCAUGGGUGUGGUGGGGGUGAGGGUUAUUUGCUGUUCUCCAUCUUCUCUGGGGACUGGGUCAGAGGAAAUGCACUGAGCUGGCCGGAAAGAGAGAGGUUGGAUAUGGGAAAAAACUUCUCUGCAGGCAAGGGCCUGGGAUCCAGACCUGGAAGAUGGUUGUGGUAUUUCCAUUCCUAGGUAACCUCUCAGUACAGGCCACUCUCAUCUGGAGAGAGGCCACGGCCGAGAUGGCCUCCUAGACACGCUCGCAUUGAUUCCUGGUCUUUGUUUUACACAAUCACAACGGGCAGGAUGGUGUUCACGUGCGACAGUUCUCGCGGUUUAAUAUCGGUCAGCAAAGCUGUCCCCACCGCUCCAGCCUGGAGUCUAGGGUCGAGAAGGGCGGGGCGUGGUGAGGAGGUCUCAAGGGAGGUGCUGGCCUGACGGCCCCGCCCGUCCCGCCCUUCCCCGCCCAGCCCAGCCCAGCCCUGCCCAGGCUAGCAGUCCUCAGAGCCUCCGGCAGCAGCGGCGAAAAGGGGUCCCCCACGGCCUCUAGGGGCCAGGAUCCAGGGAAGGCCCGGAGACGGCGCCGAUCCUCAAAGGGUCCCACACGCCAGCCACUGGGGACCGACCUGGAACCCUCCAUCCGAGAUCUCGGGAAUCGCCGCUGAGUCAGCAACGCGCGCGCGCGCCCGCGGAGGCCGCGGCCCCGCCCCGGCCGCCUAGCGCCUGAGUUAACCCCUUCCUAUACAGAACCGCAGGAUAUUAGCCCUAAGAGGCCUCCACUCUAUUCGGAGACCACAGAAUUCCUUAGAAUCCAAGUCAGUCUCCCCAGCUGAGUUCGGUGAGCUGUGAGCUCUAUAUUCGAUUUUAUUUCCGGCCUAGGUCUGCACCUUCCCAGAGUGCCUGCCUCAACUCCUUCACCUCGAAAAGGAGGUGAGGCCGAGUGCAGUGGCCCAUACCUGUAAUCCCAGCACUUUGGGAAGCCAAGCUGGGCGGAUCGCUUGAGCCCAGGAGUUCGAGACCAGCCUGGGCAACAUAGUGAGACUCCAUUUCUACAAAAAAUAAAUUUAAAAAAUUAGCCAGGCAUGGUGGUGUACGCCUGUAGUCCCAGCUCCUGGAGAGGCUGAGGUGGGAGGAU